AUGCACUUUGGGCUUAUAGGACAGCUGGAGCUUGAGUACAAGGCACUAUGGGCAAUAAAGUUGCUGAACUUUGACAUCAAGAGUGCCAAGGAGAAAAGGCUCUUUCAGCUACACGAGCUUGAUGAGAUAAGAAUGGAUGCUUUCGAGAACUCAAGAAUCUACAAGGAGAAGACUAAGGCUUUCCAUGACAAGAACAUCCUGAAGAGAGAGUUUAAAGAAGGAGACCAAGUUCUUCUCUACAACUCUAGGCUGAAGUUGUUUCCAGGAAAGCUUAAGUCAAGGUGGUCCGGUCCUUUCAAGGUCAAGGAGGUUAGACCAUAUGGAGCAAUAGUUUUGUGGAGCACUGAUGGAAGAGACUUCACAGUCAAUGGACAAAGGGUUAAGCUCUACAUGGCUACUGCACCAGAGGAAGAUGGGGUUUCAACUCCACUGUCUGAUCCUACCCCGGCCUAA